AUGACUUCGAAAAACUCUGUAAGUUUUGAGGAAGCUUUGAAUAAGACAGGUUUUGGCAAGUUCAACAUACUAGCAUUCCUGGUGAGCCUCUCCCUCAUCAUGGGGAUGGCGUUAGAGGUGGUCUCCGUGGCGUACCUGGUGCCAGCCAGCGCCUGCGAGCUUCACACCACCACGGCCCAGCAGGGACUGAUGGCUGGGGCUCCUCUUUUAGGUAUAAUAGCGACGUCGCACUGCCAGGGCUAUCUGGCUGACACGCGUGGGCGGCGCAAGGUCCUCGGCUGGAGCAUGUGCGUCGCCUUCCUGUGCGGCGCCUGUGCGGCGCUGGCCACCAACUGGAUCGUAUUCUGCGUGCUGAAGAUUAUGUCCUCUGCCGCGUUAGCGGGUACAAUUCCGCUAUCCAUAUCCUGGUUAAGUGAGUGCACUCCGCAGCAUAAAAGAUCUAUGAUGGUAUCUUUAACUUCAACGAUGUACCUUAUCACAACGGGGACUAUGGAAUUGUCCUGUUUAUCAUUGAUUUACCUUAAGUAUAACUUAUUGCGUUACCAUAAUUGUAUUUCAGUUUUAGCUCUUCCAGUCCUACAGUUAGAGUUCUCCUAUUAUAUACCAUAUUUGAACAUCUACUUCUCAUCUUGGCGGCUCCUGAACCUGAUAUUCGCAUCAGGCUGUGCCGUCGCUGCUAUGGCCAUCUUUAGCUCCUACGAAAGUCCCAGAUACUACCUGCGUAUGGGCAAGGAUGAGGAUGCUUUGGAGGUGUUGAGAGAAAUCUUUACUUUAAAUACUGGGAAGAAGGCAAAAGACUAUGAAGUAACAUCAGUAUACUUAGGCGAAGACACAGGAGUGCCCACCAAAGGCAUGUUCUCAUCCAUCAUGGCUCAGACCAUACCUCUGCUGAAACCGCCUCUACUGAAGAACACUAUCCUAAUAUCGGUGAUGUUUGUUAUUGCUUAUGCUGGAACAAAUGCUUUUGUUGUGUGGUUACCAUUUAUCGCCGACUCUAUAAUGAAAGCAAAGGAAAAGGGAGAAGACAUGUCCUUCUGUGAAAUGUUGGAGUCAACUCAAAACACAACCGUUACUGAGAGCACCGACUGCAGUCUCAACUCCUUCGCUCUCCUCACCGUGUUCGUGUCGAGCAUGCUGAUUGCCGUCGUCAACAUCGUACUGAGCGCCGUCAUCAACUACGUGGGCCGGAAACGUAUGGUUAUCGGUGUACAGCUGAUAGCAGGUAUCGCCGGGCUCUGCAUCAGUGGAGCCAACUCGUGGAUACUCAGCACUUGCUGUUUCAUCGUCUACCUGAUGGGCACCGUCAACUUCGGCUUCAUCUCCACUUUCAGCGUCGACGUCUUCCCCACUUAUGUCAAGGCGAUGGCAGUUUGUCUAACUCUGAUGGUCGGUCGGGUCAGCUCCUUCGUGGGUAUCAAUGUCAUCAAGAACCUGCUCACGACUAACUGUCAAGUCGCCUUUUAUAGCUUCGCUGCACUUACUUUUGUUGGCGCUUUCGUCGCUACGCUUCUACCAAACGACGUUAAAAGAUCGAAAGGUUCUACAGAUGCUGUAUCGACGUAAACUUUUUAGUUAUCAGUGUAUAGAAAUUGUAGACUUAAUAGUGCUAGUGGGAUGGAGAAUACGUGUAGGGAGAAUGAUCUCUGUAUAUGAAGAAGGAUCUGUUGGUAUGCGUUAAAUUGGUAGGAUCCACAGCUAUAGGAUAAAUUUGAAAACAGUGCUUCCGUUGAGGCAGUGCGGCACGCUCGGGGCGAAAGAAAAUUUGUAGUCCCUCUAUUUCAAUUAUAAUUUUUAAAUUAAAUUAUUUUAAUCAUAUUUACAUCCUUCAAAUUAUCGAAAAAAUCAAGAUAAGCUACCACUGCUUCGAAAGGAGCAUCUGUGAUAAAUAAUUACCAAUCGAGGUCGAGUAAUCAACAUUACUUUGAAGAAGCAACUUUUUGUAGUAGAUGAUGUCUAAUGAGUUUUAUAAGGCGUGUGCAUUUGGAUAUUUUUUUAUUUCCAAUUGUCAAAUCAUGGUAUUUGCCGCCUUGGCCCGAUCGCUAUUUACAUUAGCAUAAAUACUUUAUUUGCUUUGAUUCUAUUGCGCCUGAUUAUAAGAUAGAACGUAUUUGUCUAGAAAAUCCCCAUUUACUCAUGAUUUGAAGAUAACUACAUUAAAGGUGAUUGAAACUAAAGCAUGCAUUAACUUCUAGAGGCGAGGGCAGUAAUUACUUAAUAGCCACACAUUAAUUUAAUCUUUAUUUAAGUGAUAAAAAAUCAUUGUUAACUAUUUUUAUAAUCAAAUAUUUUAGUAAAAAUAAAUUCGUUUUAAUGAUGUCCUAAAGGCCGCAAUAUUUAUGCUGCAAUUUUAUAAAAAUCAGAAUACGAUAGAAAACAUGCAUGUUGACAUGUAAUUAUGUUUAUUUAUGUGAAAUAUAGCAAGUGCAAAUAUGUACUUCAAUUUUGUAUUUGAAUUUCCUAAAUCCUUUUUCUGUAUGUUUACCUCUCUCCAUAUCGUGUUCCGUUAGUUCUUUUGUGUUGAAUUAAAGGCGAUAAUUAAAUUCCUAUGUAAAAACUAAUAUUUAACGAAAUAUCAAGUUUAAAUAAUCAGUUUUUGAUUUUUUGCUUUUUAACUGUUGUUCUCGGUCUUUUAUUUGCAACUGUUCACACACACCUUUUUAUGAGAAAUACGAAACAACAAAAAUUGAAUCAGUCAAAAUUUUUUUCAUAAUAAACGUUUAUAUGUGACUACAGUCAUGACAGAUGGAAAGCAAUGAUGAGGUCUAGGUUGGAGCACGUUUGCCUCUAAGAUGACUAUUCACUCUUGCCUUAAAAGUGCAGAAACCAUACAUGUUUUGAAAUACUGUUUUUGAGUUUCAGUGAGUCUAGAAAACCAGUAAAUCAAAUUAGCUACAAACAGUAAAAUCGAAGUCAUUGUUAGAUGCGUUUUUAAUUGCAUUUGAUUGAAUUCUAAUUGAUUUGUUAUCUGUUUCUGUUUAUAGAAUUGGGUUAGCAGAUACUAUUACAAGUAGGUAGACACAUAUCAAAAUAUACUCGUACUUAGAUAUUUUUUAUUUUAGUGCCCCAUGACUGAGAUGAUAGGUGACGAUACCGUCUUAGAUGGAAGUCGGAUAACUUUGAAGGAGCGUGUUGUUUUUUUUCGUUUAGAAGUUAACCCUAGCCUACAAUCUCACCUGAUGGUAAGUGACGAUGCAUUAAAGAUGGAAGCGGGCUAAAUUGUUAGGUGCAGGAUGAAAAUUCACACACAUUUCGGUUUCAAAAAUAUGUAUUCACUAAAAACUUUUCUUAAGAGCUCCGUUCAAUAUUUCAAUCUGUAAUAUUAGCUCUCGUGUUAAAAAUACCUAAUUUACCCAUUUUAUUAUUUUACCAAUGUAUAAUUAAUUAAUUAAGCCAUACUGUUAUAAUUUUAAUUUUUAUUCUUUUGUUGUUAUUAAUUGAUUAUGAAACACGGCUAAAACACACGUGAUAUUAGGUCGGAGUAUGCCCGAUUAGUUUCGAACCCAUACGAUGCAAGAACCAGCUCAUGACUAAGGACCCCGUAUGGGUUUGAAACUAGUCGGCCAUACUCCGACCUAAUAUCACGUGGCUACCUAUAAGUAAAAUUAUAUGUGUUAAGAUACCCUUAUUUGUAAAGUAUUUUGUAUGUGUUCAUAAUAUAAUUUUGUUGGUGGUCCAACUAAAUAUAUUACAAUACUGAAUAUGUACUCGUAUGUAUGGAUUUUUAAAAGGUAACCCGGCGGGAAUCGGCCUGUAUGUACUCUACGCCGCUGAUACCUAAUUAUUACAAACUUGUGGAAAUCUAUCUAAUCAAAAGCAAACAGAAUUAUUAUUCUAUGAUCAAAAUAACCUACAUAGCGGAGUCGACAUUCUAAGAUUUCGCUAAGUUUUGUCGACGGCGAAUACUUGUUAUGAAUUUAUUUAAUUUUGCAAACGAGCCUGCUUAGCAUUAGAAACCUGAUUUAAAACUUCCGAUAAGUCAACAGAAAAAAAAUAAUAAGUCAACGUUUGGUUACUACGACUGGUUUUCUACAUCGUACAUUCGUAUCGGAAUAUUAAUUAUUUUAAUAUUAAAACAAUGAAAAGAAAACUCAUGAUUUUAAACUUAUUUCGUGGUUGUUCAUUAUGAAUGAUAUUUAAACGGGUACAUACCACGAUAAAACGACGAGAUUUUUAUUGUCGAUAUUUCGACCCAGUUGCAUGGAUCGUGGUCACGACGGGACUGAAGUUGCGAGAUGAGAAGUGAAGUCAGCUGU